CUUAACUUUAGCAUGUAUAAAAAGGUAGCGAAAUUGUGAAUUUAGUACUAGUUUGGUCUUACAUUCAGUCGCUCAGUAUUGGAAAUAACUCAAGAUGAUGAAGAUUACUCUUUGCUCGCUUGUCGUCCUGUCUGUCGUGGCACAGAUUUGCGCCAUCCCAGCGGGUGCAGAUCCCGAAAAAGAAAUCAAGGGGGCCGUAAACCAAGUGGCAGGCGCGGCUGAGGGCGUGAAGAAUGAUGCCACGAAAGAAGCGGAAAACGCUGUCAAGCAGGGACAAGACCAACGGAACCCGACGCCCAACGCUGAUGGCGCCAAACAUGGUCCAGGUUGUCAUAAACACGGUGCUGGUAAGGAGCGUCCUCUUCCGAACAUAAUGAAAGUGCCCGAAAAAAUUGCCGAACGAGUCGCAGACACGGCAGUUAAAGUACUGAGAGAUAUAUUCGGGUUUUUCAACGUGUAAGAAAUAUAUCGGCAUACAGAGAACUCAUCCAUCACCGACACCCGAGACUUACUAGCAAAUCUGCAUGGUAUCCAGCACUAAUCGGCUUCUGUCAAAAACAUAUUGGAAACGAAAAUUGUUUGAAACUACUAUACCUAGCUUCACAUUAGGUAUAAUUAAAGUAUCUUAUUAUAAUGCA